AUGUUGCUGGAAAGAUUGCAUAAGAGAUUGCACGCUGGCUCUUCUAGGCGAGCUCAAGAGAAUAAAAAUAAUAACUGCUCUCCAGUGAGUGCGUUGCCCAUGCAACCGGAAGCUCAACACCAAACUGAGGCACCUCAGCCGUUGCUGAAUUGCGAUUACGAUGAUAUGAUCGCGUUUGAUAGAAACUUAUCUACCCCCGUUUUCACUCCUGUAAUGACACCAAUAAAUAUUAGCGGCUCCAACCAAACAAAAAACUCGGAGAACUCGUAUUUUCCACCUUACUUGAAUGUCAAUAGAACGAGACAGAAUAGUGCCUCUUCACUGGCGAGUUCUGUUUCCGAUUUUCCUCAGAACAUUAAACAACAUGCCAUAUACAAUAAUAACCCUCAAUUCAGUUCCUUUACACCCCAGUUCGUCGGCCUGCUUCUAGAGGUUUAUCAAAAUACUUGCAGUGAUCCUACGGUAACACCGUUUGACACUGCAAAUCCCCCCUCAGGCAUAUUGAAUAGGGUUGCUAAAGCAGCGAUACAGCAAUCUGAGGUCCAAGAAUUGGAUAUCGGUUGUGACAGGAACAGUUGGCUUUUAACACUGGUGAGACAACGCCUGUUGCAAGAGGUAAGAAAAGACGGCUAUCUUUCUCGUAACACAUCUCUAACUUCUUUGGCCCCUCCACCCCCGCCACUAUUUUCUGAGAUGCUUAGAGUUCCCUCCCCAUUUGUUAACGCAGAUAUCACCGAUCCCAUCCCGUUAGCAAAUACAAACUCGAACGUGAAUGCAAGUUCAACUGCAAACAUGACCAGUACGUUAAACUGGUAUUCUUUGCAAAGAUCAAAUGCUUUAAUGAAGAACAGGAAUGGGUCAUCUCAAUAUAUAUCGGAACUGCAACCACAACCCAUACUAGCUCGCACAAAUUCUAAUGGAAGCGCUAGCAACAGUAACGCCUUUUCUUUACUCACGCCAACCCCCACAACUGAUUCUGCAUUUAAUUUUAACAUAGCACUACUAUCAAGACAACGUAGUAAUAUCAUGUCGUCUCCUUUGGCUAGCACUCGCUUGCCUUCAGGUAAUGUAUCCGCUGAAGAAUCCUCAGUUAUACCAAAUGAUUCUCUUAAGUUAAAAAGGGAUUUAUUGCGUCUCAAAAGAUAA